AUGGGAUCAUCCAUAGCUAACAACCUCAUAAUCUACAUCUCAUCAAUAACCGCAUCACUUUCCUACUGCUACUUCAUAUCUUCAAAGCUCCCGAAAGGUCUUUACAGAUUCAUCUCUCUCAUCCCAAUCAUCUACCUUUUCACCAUAUUACCCCUCCAUUGCACCUCAAUCUUCACCACCGCCAUCACCUUCUCCUUCACCACAUGGCUCACAAACUUCAAACUCAUCCGAUUCGCAUUCGAUCUCGAUCACUCCCCAUUUCACCCAUCCCAUUCACUCCUCAAAUUCAUCACCAUCGCUUCAUUACCAAUCAAAUCCAAAACCGCACGUCCUACCGAUCCAAACCGGUUCCGGUUCAAGUUAGUGUUUCAGCUUCUCAUUUUCUCCAUACUUGUUAAACUAGUAUCGACUUACAAACACCAUAUUCAUCGCAAUAUUAUUAUGGUAGUCUACUGUGGACUACUUUUUUUAAUAAUCGACAUCGUUGCUGACGUGUCAAACAGUCUGCUCUUUCUUCUCACCGGUUUAGAGCUCGAACCGUCCUCAGAUCAACCUUAUCUCGCCACAUCGUUGCAAGACUUUUGGGGGAGAUGGAACCUCAUGGUAACAAAUACUCUGCGUCACACCGUAUACAAACCCGUUCGGUCAGUUUUUUCUAACUAUAAGUGGGCCCCACUUGCCGGCGUGAUCGUGGCGUUUGUUGUAUCCGGAUUGAUGCAUGAGUUAUUUGUUUAUGAGUUGUCACGUGAGGAACCCACGUGGGAGAUGACGUGGUUCUUUGUGAUCCAUGGAGUGUGUGUUGCGGUGGAGAUGGUUGUAAAGAGAUGUUUGGUCGGUGGGCGGUGGCGGUUGCCGGAGUUUGUUGCGAGGUUGUUGACGGUGGGGUUUGUUGCGGCUACUGAUUAUGAAUGA